GCCCGCCUCCCACCCAGUGUCCCCUCUCCGCAGUGCCACGGGAUGAGGCCGCCCGCUGCCCCGGGCAGCUCCGGGGACAGCUCAGGGCUCUGGCUCCCCAUGCUCGGCCCCCCUCACCCUGCCGGGCCCUGAGCCAUGGUCAGCCGGGAGCCCCAGCCCGGCCUGGCCCCCGCCGGCGAGGGCGGCCAGGAGAAAGCCAUGACGGUGCGCUCGGUGCUGCUCAACCGCGACUCGCCCAACACCGAGAGCCGCCUCAAGCGCCGGCGCAACCGCACGCACCAGGUCCGCUUCAAGGACCUGGUGGAGGGCAGCGGGGAGCCCGCAGCUGCCCUCGGCCCCAACACCCCCCGUGCCUCGCCGCCCCCCAGGGACCCCCCUGAGCCGGUGGCUCUCUGUGCCUCGCGGCGGAGCUGGCCCCAGACCCAGCCGGGCUCGCUGACGCUGCCCAUGCCCAGGAAGGUCUGUAUGAACACCGCCAUCCAGACCUCCCCGAGCCUCCACAAACCCUUCCCGGCCUCACAGCCCCGCAGCAAAAGCGUCUGCGAUGUGGCCGGGGAUGCGGGGAACAUCCGGUGCCCGGGGGGAGCCGUGCCCACCGGUUUCAGCCGCGCUGUGCCCCCGCGGGUACCCGGCAGCCUUCCCACGCGUGACGGUGCCGCAGCCCUCCCCCAGCACGCAGCGGUGUGCCAUGUGCCACCGCCACCACCCAGGGAUCCCUGUCCCCCUUAUCCAGGUGCAGCCGGGUGCCCCACUCCCCGCUGCGCCCCCGAGCUCUGCCCACUGCCCCACGCCCGGCUCCGCGGGAACCCCGGGGGCAGCCGUGGAACCGGCUCCCGCCCAGCGUCCGUGCCCUGCGGCCAGCCCUGGCUGCCCACCGAGCCACGGGGGCUCGGCCAGAGCGACUCAGAGCAGUCCCUGCCCCGCGAGCACCCUCUGUCCCAACCCUCCCAGCACACUGACAGCCACGGCCUCCACCAGCCAGCUCAGGGCAGCCCCCCGCGGGACCCCCCACCACCCCAGCACCAGCUCUGCCACACGCCCUGGGGGGGGCCUUGCUGCACCUCAACAGCCCCCGUCCCGCUGUCCCCGGGCUGGCACUUCUCUGCCGCUGCUGUACCAGAGAAGACACCAGCUGUGCUCUGCCAUCUGGACCCCCAUGACAUCGGCAGACGGAUGCACACCACCGAGCCAGGGCACGGCUGGGCAGGACCAGAGGGGCCCGAGGAUCUUCAGCCCCCAGCCCCACAGGACCCUGGCAUGGGGACACAGCCAGCCAGGCAAGCACUGGAGGUCCCCCAGCACAGCCAGCCCGGCCUCACCGCUGGGCAGUCAGAGUCACUACGACACGUCCAGGACCUUCUACAGCUGGUGGUGGUGACCAAGGGACCAUUGGGACCACCAACAGGGAAUGAGGACACCCAGACAUCUCAGGGAGAGGGUUGCCGGGGGCCUGGGGAGCGGGGGGACCUACAGUCCCAACUGCAGUCCCUGGAAGGGGUGCUGGAGACCAGCCAACAAACCAUCCGUGUGCUGCUGGAUGUCAUCCAGGACCUGGAGAAGAAGGAGGCCCAGCGGGACGGGCGACACUCGUACCGGACAGGACAAGACAUCGCCAACUGCGGGACGUGCCGGGACUGUGCCUGCAUCAUCUACAGUGUGGAGCACGAUUUCCGGCAGCAGGAGGGACGCUUCCAGCGGGUGCUGAGCCACAUCGAGGGUGACAUGGCUCCCAGCUCCCCCACGGCAGGGGCUGUCCCCCAGCCCCAGCAGGAGCUGUCGCCAGUGACAAAGCUGCCCGCCAAGCUGGAUGCCAAGAAAUCCAGGCGCAAAUGCUUCUGGUUCCUGUGAGCCAGCAGUGCCCAGUGGGCCGGGUGCGCGGAGGCACCACCCCAGCACUGACCCCCUGCCCAUAUCUCCUUCCUCCUCUCCCUCCCUUUGAUGGUAGGGUUUGGGUAGCACCAGCUUUUAUAUUUUUAACCAUUCGGUUUGAUCUAUCAAAGCC